CUUGUGCCAUAUACUUCACUUUUUUCAAAAAAUUCUACCCUUCGAACGUAGUUCACACAAAAUUCAGGUCCCCAAUAACUACUACGACAUGAAUAAACUAUAUGUCCAUUCCACCACCGACUUUCUGCACAUCAAACCGGUGGCAGUUCGCCCGACGCUCUUCAUAUUCUACACCUUGGAAACAAUCCUGAACAUUAUCUGCAUUGGCUAUCACAUCACUGGAUUCCAGCCCCUCGAGUGGAGGGGGCAGGAGAUCCACUACCUGUGCCUGAUCGUCUUCUACGCCUUCAUAGUGGUGAACUUCUUCCAGAGCAUCGCGAUUUGCACGGGACGCAUGCCCAAUGUGCUGGUGGAGAUCUGGAAGGCCUCGGUGGCAGCGGUCGCCUUCAUCCUGAUAUCCUUGCUCACCAUGUGGGACGUGGAGCGGCAGUUCUCUGUGUUCUUCGUGCGACCCAGCGAGCAGGCCCAGGAUGAGCACAGAGAACUGCCCCCCGUUCACCCGACCUUCCGCUACAAGAAGGGUCAGUCCAUCUCCUCGUUGUUCUGCGGUCUGAUCUACCUGCUCCAUGCCGUAAUCAUGUUCGACGUCAGGCUGACCUCCAAGCUUGUGGUCAAUGGAUCACAGCACUUGCCCAUUCCCCUCUUUGUGCUGGGGCGCGCUUUCCACAGGAAGAUGUCCAAGUACGAGUGGUUUACGGAGUUUUGCGGCAACAACACCAUUGAUCUCUAGUGGGAAGUCUUAAAUGAGUCUUAUGUAGGAUUAUUUAGAAAAACCAUAGUUCAAAUCCCAAAUACAUAUGUAUAUCUAUUA